AUGAAACCAGAAACCUUCGAUCGAAAAGUUGAAUUAGCUGUGAAAGCAGAAAGAAAAGGGCCAAAAUGUUCUCGUUAUCCCGCAGUUUUCUUAAAUUCACCCGAAAAAAAAAUACGCCGUGGAGCGUCAGAAACAAAUCUUGAAUUUCUUUUAACUGCUCUAUUUCGAAGUAUAGCAAGAUAA